AUGGGGGAAGCCAGAUUCUUUCUCGGAUUAGAAAUAUGCAGGUCAAAGGAUGGAAUUGUGCUCUCCCAAAUGCAAAAUCCUGAAGCUUACAGAAGAUUAUUGGGAAGGCUGUUGUAUUUGGGCUUCACAAGACCCGACAUAUGCCAUGGGACUCAACAACUAAGUCAAUAUAUGCAGCAUCCAAACAAAUCACAUUGGGAUGCUGCAUUACACUUAGUUAGAUAUCUAAAGGGCAUUGCUAACAGAGGUCUUUUGUUUAAUGCAGAUGAUGAUUAUGAGCUGCAAGCCUUUUGUGAUGCUGACUGGGCAAGUUGUCAAGACACAAGAAGAUCACUCACAGGAUAUUGCAUUUUCAUUGGAAAGGCCUUGAUCUCCUGGAAAACAAAGAAACAAGCUACAGUCUCUAGAUCGUCUGCAGAAGCAGAAUAUAGGAGUAUGGCCAACACAACGUGUGAAUUGACUUGGAUUUUUAACUUGCUUCGAAAUCUUCAGAUACAUCCACCUACUCCUGUUCCACUUCAUUGUGACAAUCAAGCUGCCCUCUACAUUACAGCUAAUCCGGUUUUCCACGAGAGGACAAAACAUAUAGAAAUUGACUGUCACUUAAUAAGAGACAAAUACAAGGAAGGCUUUAUAUCUCCUGUGCAUAUUGCUUCAAAAUUGCAGCCGGCAGACUUGUUUACAAAAGCUUUACCGGGACCUAGGUUCAGUUACAUUGUGUCCAAGUUGGGCCUUGUUAACAUCUUACCAAGUCCCACUUGA